AUUGGUUCGCUCCGUUCGGUUCGAUUUGGUCCUUGCUUUCGGAUUCACCCUGCUGCGCUGCGGCAUAAGCUGUCUCGUCUAUGGUAUCGGUCGGUGGCUCUCCCUCCCCCGCACACGCAUUCUCAGAGUCUGCAGCAUUCUGCAGUACAACGGUGCGUGGUUCAACAUAUCCGCAUCGGUCGGUUUCCUGCUGUACGGAUUACGCCAGAAUGUCACAAUCUGUCGCAUUCGGACGAUGGGAUUAGGUCGCUGUCGACCUAGCUCAACCACUUGAGGGGAUCAACCGGAAAGAAGAGUGCUCGCUUUUGUUUGGAUAGCAAAUCAGUGUUGUGUUUGCUGAAGUCGGCCACAAAGUCGAGGUGAAAAUUGAAGGAAAACUCGAAUCGAAGAAGUAUUUGCUUUGGCUGGCGGGCCUCCGGGGAAGUGGGUGGCCGCAGAAGAAAGAGAGCAAAGCGAAGUGUUAUUUUCUAUAUGCUACGAGAAUCGGUCGUCAAGUGUCUGUCCGCUCCGCUGGCUGACAUUAGCGUAUCUAUGUGAGGCAUCCGAACGCAGAACAAACUCUGCUCGGUUUCUCUCGCAGACACCAGGUUGUAAACAUAUUGUGCCAGUCCGAGUGGUGGUGUUAGUGGUAAACAAAGGAUCCGUUCUGCUGGGACGAUCGAAGGUUUUCAUUAUAAAUUGUGAGUUUGAAUUUUUGAUGAAGCUGAGUGAAAAGUGGAACAGAAGAUUGUUACAUUUUUUUCAAUUUUACGUAAGAGAGGCCCCCGAGAAAUAACCACAUAAACCGGUCAGCAGUCGGCCGGCUUGAAGCAACAGAAAAGAGCGCUUUGUAUAUACACCGGUGGAGGUCAAACGGUGUGGUUCUCGGCGUACCAAGGUACAAACAGCUGGCGACCAAUUGCCAAAACAAAAAAAAAAAAAAAACAGUCAACAAAGAAAGCAACAAUCGAAGUAGGCCAAAGAAAGUAGUGAACGCACGGAAACGAUUGACUGACAACCACAUACGCCACCAAACACAAGAUAGCACACCGCAGAAUUAUUGAUGGAGCGCAAAUUACUGUACGCCUUUCGAGGCUGGAUUGCCUUCGUAGCGUUUAUGGAUCUGGGGACAGCGGUGCGGUGCUACAUCGAACGAAGAAGCUUUCUAGGGGACCACUCCGAGACGCACUUCAUCGAAGCAGGAGAUUACACCAUUUCGAGGAUAUUGGGAAUUUAUUGCAUUCUGAAAGCAGUCGCCCUGGUGCACUGCACCCUGUAUAUACACUACAAACCCGUUGUGAGCAUGGGCGGCUGCUCACUGGCCAUCACUAUGAUGCUGUACGUGACAGAGGCCCUGUACUUCCGGUCGACGACGCUCAACUUUUACGUCAUCUUUCCGUGCAUCCUCAACUCAAUGACCCUGGUCGGACUGCUGUACAUACCACGGAGGCUUCGGCUGUGGCAGCACCGGUCGUCGGAUAACGACGACGAAAACUCGCAACUGCUGAAACACAUGGGAGGCUUCAAAAAGCGCUCGCGGGCACAGAAAAACAAAACGCCCUGAAUCGUUUGGGUGGUGUAGUCCAGUAAAGAAUGUUUCAUCUUUUCCCAUUUUGGCUAAAUUUUUGUUUAAAAAGAAGGAACUAGCAGGUAAGUUCGAAUCGGUUAGAAAAUCGUCUAGUGGAUCAUGUUUUUAUGGCUCGAAAAGACACCAUUCUCAAGUUAGGUGCAAACGCAAAAUGAUUGAAACAUAAACUCAAUGUGAAAUUAAAAAGCUUUAAUACAUUUAUAGAGAAUACAGAAAGAGCAAAAAAAAACGAAAUUAACAAAACUGAAACCAAUUAAGAUUAAUCACUUGGAUCAUCACGUAGGGUAAUUUGGUAGUUAUUUUAAAAAUUAAUCGAUUGAAAAAUUGCGAUUUCGCACACAAAAGAAGCGAACAAAUGGCAAAGAGAAUAAAUUAUCAUCAUAUAGGAACGUAGGAUAUAUCAAUUGACAAACGAACCGCUUUUACACUUCCCACUGAAAGCAAAUGAAACAAACCACUAACACACGCACACGUGUGGCUAACUAGCAAAAUGCACUUUCCCGAAUUCAAAAACAAAACACCCACAUCGACUCUUACACAUUUAUCAGACCUUUUGUAGUCCAGUAAAUAACCCACCAUCGUUUCCCCUUUUUCAUGACCCUUUUUAGAAACAAUAAAGCGGUUGCCGUAGCAACCAGUAAUAAAAUCGCAAGUGACAGCGCCGAUCCCGGAAGUUGAUGUAGGUGCGAUUAUUUGAAUGCGCUUCCGGGGUUAUUUUCAACGUGUGUCGGUACGUUGAAGGUAGAAUUUAAUUCUCUCUCUCGUGGAUGUUCGGAUUUUCCACCGUACCAAAUACACGUUGCUCAAGGGAAAAAGAAUGCUCCGUCACUGACGCAUCAAAAGUCCGUUAACGCCGUUUCAAAAGUUUGCUAAACCAUGGAUCAGGGUUACCACAUAUACAGAUUAUUCUGUAUUUUAUAGAUUUUUCAAGAUAAUUUACAACCAAGAUUCUGUAUAUACAGAUUACAGAUUUUUCGCUAAAAUACAGAUUUUACAGAUUUUCGGUGUAGGUUAGUGGAACCCAGCCUAUCAGAAUUUCAUAUAACGCUUAAAAAGCAUCCUAUGCAGUUAACCGCUAAAGGCUAGUUUACAGUUUGGAAAACGUGUAAUGGGAUUUGGGUUCCUGUGUUUUUUAAAUGGAGCUUGGGUUUUUAAAUCCCGUGACUACACAAAAAUGACAGUUUUCAUGAAGUGUAAACCCAACCGCAGGAAACACCAGGAGAUUUUAAAACUCUACACAGAAAUUCGGCCGGGAGCAAUUCAACACAAAUUGUUUCUGACGGGGAAAAUUGUAUUUUUAUGAGGUUUAAAAUGUGCUAUUUUGAUACUGUUGGUGCUUUUUAGAAGAAGCAGAACUUUUGUUUUGACAGUUUGGAGAGAUCUCGACGGAAAAUUUUCCCUGAUCAAAUCCUGACACAAAUCCUGUGACCGAUUUCCCGAACUGUAAACUAGUCAUGCAAUAAAAACGCCAAAUUUAGAAUUCAUUUGUUCUCCAGAUAAAAAAAAUCAAUCUGAUUGUUUUAUUUGUGAUCGGUUAUCACAAAUAAUUUUUUACUGUCAAAAUAUUGUUUUUUGGGAACCUUCUAGUUAAUUUUUGAAUACAGAUUUUCGAUUCAGAAUUUUUCUCUCGCCAUACAGAUUUCCAGAUUUUUUCACGAAAAAAUACAGAUUCCAAUGUGGCAACCCUGCCAUGGAUUGCUGCCUGUAACGAGCAAGGCAAUGUUGUCAUGAUAUUGAAUUUGAAACUUUUCAAAUUGGAUCUGACGCUGCGUCAGUAAAGGACGAUACAUCAACUUCUGUCAACGUCAACGGAACGUCACCGUUCCGUCACACACAACAUCAACGGCACGGAACGUUUUGACGCACGGCACAUGUGAACGGGUACAAGAGAAAAGUAGUAAACUUAUCCUGACGGAACGGUGACGUUCCGUUGACGUUGACGGAAACUGGUGUCUCGUCUGAAUCGUCCUUAAGGAAGCAUUCUGUUUGACCCUUAAUCAUUUCGAUGUCCCGGUAAAGUACCUCACUUGCGAUUUGAUUACAACUCUAAUCGAACAGUAAAUAAUUACGAAAAAAGAAAAUCAGGAAAAGUGCUUUUUUCACUAUGAAUAACAUACAUCUGUGCGACAGGUUUUAUAAUAGAAAUAAAAUACUAAAUCUCCCGCUUCAGAGGCCUCAGAUGAACUGUAAACAAAUAUUGCGAAUUUUAAACAAUACGAAACUUUUAACUUGUACGUGCAGUGACUCAAAUUUGAAUUCGUGCACCUCUGGUGUAUUUAUUUAAUAUUGUUACACGCCUACUUGCGUCAUUGAAUAUAGGUAUUCUUUGGUAAAUAAGACAGUGGAAUUAGCAUUUGUAAUUUUUCAGCAUUUGUAAUUUAAAGUUUGCAAGUUUCCGUACACUACACAUAAAAAUGACAACUUGGUGUUAAAAUGCAUAUUCGAACACCUUUGAAAACUAAUUAGUAAUUUAAGGCCUGUUAUUUCUUUUUUUACUUGAGAAAAUGUUAUGACAACAGAAAUAUGUUAUCAGUCAGGAAUCAGUGGCGACUGGCUCAAAUCGCACGUUCCCCAUGUUAAUUGGAGAUUUGUGACUUGCCGUGAUUUAUCUUUUCAUGAUUUUCCUGAUGGGAAGGAUUGGGGAAAUGGUAAGGUUAGGGAUAAUCAAAAUAACGACACAGAGACCAUAGACAAUACGGAAGUAUUCUUCACUUCCAAGGGAAUAAAAUACACUUCUCGAUGAAAGGAUAUAUCAAGACCCCCGAGAGGAUAUUGCGAUAACAGAACGACAACACCGCCAAAAAGAUACUGUUAUUCAAAUUCGGCAUAAACCGGUUUAGAUUUGAAAACUUUCACCGUGACUUUUUGGAAGAUUCUAUACAAUGAGCCGAAGCAUUGUUCGAGAGUCCACCUCUGCGAUUGUGCUUUUUUCACAUUGAUUUUAUCAAAAAAUUUACUUAUUUUUAAUGUAUUAGAAGUGGCACGUUUCUCGUAACUGUCUGUAUUUACUGAUGGUGGAAGAAGUAACUAUUUUACGAUUCACCGAAAAUCCAAAAAGGAAGCGGAAAGAAUCUGCACGGAUAAAUGGUUUGACCAAAAGAGUGGGAAUUUACAUUCUAGCAAAGUCCACACAAUUAAAUCAAAUUUGGAACUACCAUUUAUUCAAAAUUGAAAUAUUACACAGCAGAACUGCACGAGGGUGCUAUAUCUAGUCGUUUAAAUGAUCAAAGACGAUGUACUUAUGAUCAGAUGGCGAUGACUCGAGUUCGUUGGGUACGACCCAUGCAUAGUACCGUCAGAGCAGCGAGUUACAUCUAACGCCACUUCUCUGCCAGAUAGUGCAAAUGUUGGGGGAUUUAUAUGCAGAUUUGUGCUAUCUGCUUGAGGGCGGAGAAAGGGUAAUUCGGUAAAGAAAUCGUUUGUGGCGACACAGAGAGUUUCAAUAUCCAUUUUCCAUAUAAUAAUGCCCCAACUGAACAAUAUUUCCUCAAACCCUCAUUCCCUUUUACAAAAUACCAGAAAUAUAGCGAUAGACAUUAAAUCUCCGGAGGCGCCUCUUCGAAAACUUGUUUUCCGAUGCACAUCAUAACUCAAUAUCUACUACAUCAAUCGUUUUCAAAUUUUGCGUGACGACAGAAGCUUUUUAUUUUUUUUUUGAUUUUUAGUUUUUCGUAGCACUUUGAAGCCAAAAACUUGACUUUCGCAAAAAAAAGUUAACAUGUUAGUGUUAUUGUAUUGUAAAAACAAUAAUAAUUGUUAUUAUUAUGUAUCAGUGUGCAAUCGGGCUGUCUCAACAACAUAUUUCUGCAAUCUAUGUGCAUUAACUGUACGACGGUAGGUUGCCCUUGUCAGUGUGUGCAGUGCUUUAUGGUCACACCUAUGACCGCGCACCCGGCUUCCCAUGAGCGUUACGGCGGUUCUGAGGCUGUCCUUCCAUGUUGAAUCAACACUUGUACUUGGACUUGUGCUAGUUGUUCUCUGAUUUACCUUGAGGGAUUUACACUUGUGGGAAUCUGCUUUUCGUGGAACGAAGAAUUUGCCAAAAUCAAUUAAAUGAAAACGAUUCCUAUUUAAAGGUGGGCUUCGGGCGAAUAUACCAUUAAAAAAAUAAAAAUGACUAAUAAUUGACUGGAAAUUUAUUUGUCAAGCAAAACAGUAGCUAGGGCUUUGCGUUUCUUCUCAGCUUAGUUACAAAUCGGGAGUUACACAAGGAAGCAGUAGGGGAACAUUUCUGUACAUGUUGUUCUUCAAGGAUACAGAACGAAUACAUGUGGUGUUCGGCGUAAUGUAGUUUAUGCUAAAAACCUGAAUAUAUACCUUGCUGUUCACUCUUGUGAAAAUGCCUGUUAGAGUCUUUAGUGUGACUUUUCGAAAUGGCAUCUACCGCUAACAUAAUACGAUUAUCGAAUCAUGCGGAUUUUAAAACUCUCUCAACUUGAGGUUAUGAUUUUGCGAAUUCUAAUUUGAGUCACUGUAAUUGAAAUUUCGCAGCGUAGAAUAGAAUGUGUAUGCGGAUAAGAUUUCGAUAAAAGCAUUUCCUAUUGUAGAUAAGUAUAAGGUUUAAAAUUUAACAAUUAUGCGAAGGGUAUUCGAAUAGUUUAGCAACCGAUGUUUUAUGUUGGUAGGUGUCCACCUCCACCCCUAGAUUUAGCGGUUUAUUUAAAAUCAAAUGAUUGACUAAUUGAGAACGUUCGCAUUUUAAAAAUGAACGGACCAGAGUCUGACAUGCGAAGGAGUGUCUCGAUAUUUUUAGGCAUUGUGAAUUAGGACCGUACAAUAUUGAUAGUUAUGAGUUGGUAGACUACUUUAAAAUUAGAUUAUUCAUUGUGCUGCUGAAAAUGAUGUGUGGUCGAUAUCAGUUAUAAUUAAACUCAGGAUCCAUGAGCUCCAGCUAUCAAGUUCUUAUCUCGUUUUCUAUUCUCAAACUUAUCUUAGAUCGAAAACAAAUAUGUUCGUCCACACCUCAAGACCUCUACGGUCAAUAGGAUUUACAUUAUUCCAGCUGGUCGAGUUAUGAUCAAAUGUACUGUGAUCUUGUGCCGCCAGUCGCCCGACCAUGUUCCUCGAUUGGGCAGAGCCAACGAGUGCGGGGUCUUCUCCGAAGUCGAUGACCUUUUCUAGGUUCUCUAGUGAACAUAAGUUUAGCUGGUCUCUCUUCCGGCAUUCGAGCUACAUUUCCAGCCCAUUCUAAACGGGCAUGCCUUCCUAUGUUAAAUUUCUACAUCCAUAUGUUGUUGGAUACCUAUUUUUCAAAUAGCGCAUUUGCAACCCAGCGUCAGGAAAAUAUAUACGUCAAAAUGCAACCUUUUUCAUAACAAAGAAAAUAAUAUAUUUUAUAUGUGAGAUUAACUAACCUGAUUAUGAGUAUGUUAAAGUGGAAUAACUUUGAUAGUUUUAAAUUCUGACAGGUUUCAAAAAAUCCAAUGCCCCACUUUUAACUCACUCUAUUCUGCUUCACUAUUCAGUUUCGUGUGUCUCCUACCGAAUGACCCUAUAAUGAUAACAAAUGCAUUUUUUUAAUCCGCAGCGCUCGAGUAAAUUAAAUUUAAAUAACAGCGGCAAAUAAAAAUUCACAUAAAAAGUUUCGUUCCAAAGUUUUCUAUCUUUGAAUUGCGGCGUGUAAAGACGACCGUUGUCUGUCUGUUAGUUUAAAGUUGUUUGUUAAUUUCAUAUAAUACAGUUGAAUGGUUUUUGAUGAGCUAGGAAAGAGGAAACAUAUUAUCAGUCGAACUAGAUACCACAGAAUAAUCGAAUAAUAUAUCAGUAAGGUUGAGAAGUGAAAUUCAAACUAGGUGAGUGCGAAAGAGAACACGAUGCGAAUGAAGUUGACAUCAAUCUUAUACAUAUAAAAAAAAACAAAACCGCUUAGCACAAAUGAAAGUAAAGACACGUGUUUCCAAUUUA